AUGGCGCUUAGGGAGCUGCUAGAUCGUCCAUCACCGAGCAAAUGGGACCAGUUUCUUGCUUCGCCCGUAUUGUUUAUCGCCAACCUUGUCUACGGCUGGAGCUCAUCACUGCAUACGGGAGCAGCCAUCCCCGACAAAGCCAUCACAGUUGUGUGCAUAUCCGACACCCACAUGAGCCAACCUGAGAUACCUGAUGGCGAUAUUCUCUUGCAUGCUGGCGACAUGACGCAGUCCGGCUCGAAAUCUGAGAUUCAGGAGACUAUUGAUUGGCUAAACAGAUUGCCACACCAGCACAAGGUUGUCAUUGCCGGAAAUCAUGAUCUAUUUCUCGACAUAUCGUUCCCGGCUGCCAACAGGCCCUCGGACUCGUGUUCCCCUCGACAAUGUAUUGACUGGGGUAAUAUCAUAUAUCUCGAAAACGCGGGCGUUACUCUGGAGUGUAGUGGUCGCAAGAUUAAUGUUUUUGGAAGCCCUUUGAGCCCACGUCAUGGGAACUGGGCUUUCCAGUAUCCGCGCAAAGAGAAUGUGUGGGCGGAUACUAUACCUCAAAAUGUCGAUAUUCUCUUGACCCAUACACCUCCCAGAGCACAUCUAGACUUGAGAUUCGGCUGCGAAUUUCUUCUCAAAGAGCUAUGGACGUUGCCGAAAAAGCCAUAUCUCCAUGUUUUUGGGCAUAUCCAUGGAGGAUACGGCCAACGGACUGCAUUUUUCGAUAGCUGCCAACAGCAGUACGAGGCUAUUAUGCUAGGGGCUACAAGCAUUGGUGGGCUCUUGAUCCUAUUAUACCGAUACCUGAAAUUAUGUGUCUUGGCUCCUUGGAGCGCUUCAAGUCCUGGCACCAGAAUGGUGAAUGCCUCCAUCGUCGGUGGUGUUCGAGAUGAGCUGAGGCGUGAACCUACCGUGCUAUACAUCUAG